AUGCUUUGGAACUGGUACACAGUUGACGCAUGUUUCCUCGCCGAGUCAUGGCACGUCACAUCACGCGGGAUGUUCGCCGGUUCAUGCAUCGGCGUCAUCUGUCUCGUACUGAGUCUUGAACUCCUCCGUCGUCUGGGUCGAGAAUACGACACGUUCAUUGUUCGUCGGGCCCGUCUUCGACGCCUCUACAUGUCCGACUCUCCAACCGCACAGUCCAUCUCCAACGUUCCCCUGCGAAGCGAAGAAAACACCACCAAGCCGUCCGCCAACUGCUGCGCAAACCCAGACCCCGAUGCUACGUUCUCCAGUGCAGAAGACGACAUCAUCACCCCGGUGUCGGGUACUCCUGGGGAUGGCGCGUCGAGGAAGCAGGCUUCUGUCUCUGCGGCUGCGGCGGCGGGUAAUGCCAUGCGGGAUGUCGGCGUCCAGCGCAUCGAGAGACAGGAGGCUAUGCUUGCGCCGUAUCGUCCGUCGCUUGUUGAGCAUACCGUGCGCUCUUUGCUGCAUAUGGCGCAGUUUGCAGUUGCGUACAUUAUCAUGUUGCUUGCCAUGUACUUCAAUGGGUAUAUCAUCAUCUGUAUCUUCAUUGGUGCUUUCCUCGGCGCGUUUAUCUUCUCCUGGGAGCCGGUGAACUUGAAUCAGGAGUCAGAUGCUACAUCCGUUACCAAGUGCUGCGGUUAA